CGGACGCACACACGCACGGCGUACACACGCUGUAACACACUCUUUAACACACACACAAACAUGGCGGCCUCUGUUUCACCGCUACGCUCCUCCUUCAGGAUAUAUAGCUCCUUAACGUUACACCAUCACUGCUGCAGGGCGAAACUGCGGACGCACAGAAAAUGCGAAAGUCAAAGGAGACAUCUUCACCAGACGGUGACGAGGCAUGCUGCAGUGGUGAUCUCUGGGACAGAGUUGGCUCGGCAGAUCCACAGAGAAAUCCAGCGUGAUGUGGAAGAUCUGGUUGCACAGGGCAACAUGAGACCCCACCUUGGAGUGGUCUUGGUUGGUGACAACCCAGCCAGUCAAACCUAUGUCAAGAAUAAGACCCGGGCAGCCAGCAUCCUGGGUAUUUCCAGUGACACAGUUAUUCGACCUAGCUCUGUCACUCAGGAGGAGUUACUGGAGCUGAUUGACAAGAUGAACCGUGACUGGAGGGUCAGCGGGCUGUUGGUGCAGCUGCCACUUCCAGAGCACAUAAAUGAGCGAGCAGUGUGUAAUGCCAUCGCUCCAGAGAAGGAUGUGGAUGGCUUUCACAUUGUGAAUAUUGGUAAGCUGUGUCUGGACCAGAGAUCCAUGGUGCCUGCUACUCCUGCAGCUGUCUGGGAGAUCAUCAAACGAGCAGGUAUUGAGACAGUGGGAAAGAAUGUGCUUGUCGCUGGUCGCUCUAAAAAUGUUGGCAUGCCCAUUGCGAUGUUGCUGCACUCAGAUCGCAACCAUGAACGCCCAGGAGGGGAUGCCACAGUGACCAUCGCUCACAGAUGUACACCAAGAGAACAGCUGAAGGAGCUUACCAGCCUGGCUGACAUCAUAAUUGCAGCUGCAGGUGUUCCCGGGUUGAUCACAGCAGAUAUGGUGAAAGAGGGCGCAGCAGUCAUCGACGUAGGCAUAAACCGCAUCAAAGACCCGAACACAGGAAAACUACGACUCAUCGGUGACGUGGACUUCGCAGGAGUGAAGGAGAAAGCCGGUUUCAUCACACCCGUUCCCGGAGGCGUGGGUCCGAUGACAGUCGCCAUGCUGAUGAGGAACACUGUGACUGCUGCCAGAAACGCACUGAUGCAUUAAACGCACGCACGCACGCACGCACGCACGCACGCACGCACGCACGCACGCACGCACGCACGCACGCACGCACGCACGCACUAUAAAGCUGGUUAUAUUGAAUGAUAUAGAGUACAAACAGAGAAUGCAUAUAUGCAAACAUACAUGAAUCAAUUAACUAAGGCUUACACACUCAUACACACACACACACAACAAAAACAUAAUUUAUUCAUAGGCUCAACACUCCAUACCUGCUGGGAAACUAACUUGAUAUGUACUUUAUUUAUACUUUGUUCAUCUAUUUAUUUAAGUUAUUUAUUCACUUUCUAAGAAUUUAGAUCAAUAUUUUUUCUACUGAAGUCAUUUUGGUUCAUUUUCGAACGCUCCAGAUUCACUGGAAAAGGACUAUUCAAUAAAAAACAAUGCUGUAACAACA